CUGUUUUAUCUUCAUUCAGCUUGACUCCAUUGGUCCACUUGACCUUUGAAUUUACCCAAACCGUGGAGAAGGGAGAAGAAAGACAGUAUGGGUUCUGAUUUGUUGAGUCAAACAAAGCCAAUCCCAAUCCCAACCCAAGAAGAAGAUCCUUCAAGCCAGUCCACAGCUCUCCUUUCUUUCAACACUGAUUCUUGUUUAGAUCCUUCAACGAAAGCAUCCCCUUCCAGGCCCAGCACCACCAUCAUCUUCAUUGCUUUAACACUCCUCGCUUGCAUUGCUCUUUCCGCUGCCUUGGCCUUUGCUUUCCUCUUUUACUCUUCCUCCUCUCCAUCAUCUUCCUUUUCAGCUACACUUCACAACAUUUCUCGUCCUCUGAAGACACUGGAAAAGCCGGUGGUCAUUUUGAUUUCCUCUGAUGGGUUUCGAUUUGGGUACCAGUUCAAGACCUCAACACCAAACAUCCACCGUUUGAUUGCUAAUGGGACUGAAGCUGAGACGGGUCUGAUUCCUGUUUACCCGACUCUUACUUUUCCUAAUCAUUACUCUAUCGUGACUGGCCUGUAUCCUGCUUAUCAUGGUAUUGUAAAUAACCAUUUUGUGGAUCCUAAGACUGGUGAGGUUUUCAAUAUGCAAAGUCAUGAGCCCAAGUGGUGGUUAGGUGAGCCACUUUGGGAGACUGUGGCCAAUCAUGGGUUAAAGGCUUCUACCUACUUUUGGCCUGGAAGUGAGGUAAAAAAGGGUUCUUGGGAUUGUCCUAAAAACUUCUGUAUGUUCUAUAAUGGUUCUGUUCCUUUUGAGGAUAGAGUUGAUACUGUUUUAAGCUACUUUGAUUUGCCUAGUAGUGAGAUUCCUGUGUUUAUGACAAUGUAUUUUGAGGAUCCUGAUCAUCAGGGUCACCAGGUUGGACCUGAUGAUCCCGAGAUUACUGAGGCUGUUGCUAGAAUUGAUGGUUUGAUUGGGAGGUUGAUUGAUGGUUUAGAAAAAAGAGGGAUUUUUGAGGAUGUUACCAUAAUUAUGGUUGGAGACCAUGGGAUGGUUGGUACAUGUGAUAAAAAGCUGAUUUUCCUUGAUGAUUUGGCUCCUUGGAUUAACAUUCCAGGGGAUUGGGUCCAGUAUUAUAGUCCGGUGCUUUCAAUUCGACCACCUCCCGGUUAUGCACCAUCUGAUGUUGUUGCAAAGAUGAAAGAAGGAUUGGAAUCUGGGAGAGUUGAUAAUGGGAAGCAUUUGAGGGUUUAUCUUAAGGAGGAGCUACCUAGUCGACUGCAUUACGCAGAAAGUGAUCGGAUUCCUCCCAUAAUAGGGCUGGUUGACGAGGGUUUUACAGUAGAGAAGAAAAGGACUAAGCAUAAAGAAUGUGGAGGGGCACAUGGGUAUGACAAUGCAUUUUUCUCCAUGAGGACCAUUUUUAUUGGUCAUGGUCCUCAAUUUGCAAGGGGAAAGAAGGUGCCGUCUUUUGAGAAUGUUCAGAUAUAUAACUUGGUAACUUCAAUUCUCAAGCUAGAGGGUGCUCCUAAUAAUGGUUCUUCAGCAUUUGCUGAGUCUGUUCUUUUGCCUAGUCAGUAAUUUUAUCUCCUAAGCAUGUUCAGAGUGAUCUUAGCUGCUGAAAUAUGGGAGUAGAAGUGGGCAAGAUGUCAGCUGCAAAGCCAAGUGAUUAUCUGUUCAUCAAUGCAUAUAAUUGCAAAUGAUGUUAGUGAAAUUUGGACCAGUUGAUAGCAUUGAGUUACAGAUGUUUGUAGUUUGUAUCUCCUCUAAAUCCUUGGCUCCAACUUUGCGCUUACCUGAACUGCAGCAUGUCAUCUGAAAUUCAUAUUACUAUUUUGUGCAAUGCUCGUAUGAUGUUUUAGAAGUAAAAUCAAACUACAUUGUUAAAAACCAAAAUAUUCUGGCAUUGUUCUCUCUGCUUCUGCUCCCUCCUUAGACAAGGCGUAGGUUGCUCAUCCAAUUUGGUGUCUUUUUCUAGCACCUGCUUUGGAUCUUGGUUUUUAUAAUAAAUUGAAAACUUGUUAUUUGAA